AUGAACUAUGUCAAGAAAUACGACAGCUGCCCGCAUUAUGCCAACAUCCUCUUAGUUCCUCCAAAUGAUCUCACUCAAAUGACAAGUCCCCGACCCUUUACAGUUUGGGGCAUUGACCUAAUAGGCUCCGUGCCCACGAGAAAGGGAGGUGUAAUGUACGGGAUUAUGGCAGUUAACUACUUCAUGAAGUGGGUUGAGACCAAACCUCUCGCUACAAUCACCUCCAAAAAGGUGCUGGACUCUGUCAUCAAAAACAUCGUUUAUCUCUACGGGAUCUCGAGGAAGAUAGUUUCCGACAACGGCCUCCAACUUGACAAUGAGUUGUUUACCGACUUUUGUGAAAGGCAUGGAUUCAUGAAGAGUUUCUACUCCGUAGCCCAUCCGCAGGCAAAUGGACAAGUGGAAGCAUUUGACAAGACGCUUAAAGCCACUUUGAAGAAAAAGUUCGAACAAGCGAAAGACGCUUGGCCCAAGGAGCUGGCUAAAGUGUUAUAG